AAUGCUGUCGUCUGUCCACUGUUUGACAAAGAGGAGACCACGCGUGGAAAAAUGGGCAUUUUGAAAUAGCAAAGUUUUUUCCUAACAGCAAAUAUGGAAGAUUCAAAAGAGUUAAAGGAGCUGAAGUCAACACUGCGGUCCCUGGUAGUGUCCAGCCCCACUGAAAUGGACUUGCGCUCAUUGCUCCGUGACUAUCGCAACAUGAUGGGCCAGGCCCUGCCUGUAUCUAAGUUUGGAUAUAGGGAUCCCCUGCAGUUUCUGAAGGAGCACUGUUCUGACUGCUUUUUGUUUCAGGGGCAGCCAUCCAAUCCCCAGCUGAUUCUGAUUGUGACAGAUAAUAUUAGACAUAUCGAUGAGUUCGUGCGCAAACAAAAAAUGUCAUCUAUUCACAAAAUCAAAGGAAAAAGAAGAAGUGUACCAGAGUCAACAGUAAACACUACCAAUAUGAUUGUACAAACUUUUGUACCUAAAUCAAAACGUGUAUCAUCCUCGGUUGAAGUUGCAAAGUCAAUUGACAAGAAGCCAUCAGAAGUGCAAUGCACACCAAAACCACCUGUAAAUAAUACUAAAGUUUAUGAUGAAUAUCAAUCAAAACAUAGCAAUCAAAGGCCAAAACAACAUGAAGAGGUGACAAACAGUUUAGCAUAUGAUAACUUUGUAAAAAGAAGACUUCCAAUAUUGGACACCACAUUGUGUUGGGAAGAAGAGAAAUCAUGCAGAGAUGACGAAUCACAGAGGCAGAUAUCAGAUUAUGGAGCUGGUUCAUCAUCACAGAGUCAUCCCUCGUCGAGCGGCAGCAGCAGCAAACAGGCGCAACUCGAGGAGCUCAAGGCGGAGGUGAAGGAGUUAAUCGCCGACAGCCCCGAUGGCGUGUGGUGCAGCGAUCUCAUGAAGCUGUACAGGAAGCGUCACGGGCGGGAGCUGGAGUUCUCGCGGUUCGGGUUCACCACCAUCGUGGGGCUGGCGGCGCAGCUGGACGCCGACGUCGACAUGCUGCGCGCGGGCGACGCCGGCGCGCUGCUGCUGCGUCUGCGCAGGCUGGCCGCGGCGCCGCCCGUGCGCUCGAGCCGCCGCCGCAGCGCGCCGCCGCCGCAGCCGCCGCGCGCGCUCGACCUCGACGACGCGCUGCCCGGGAUCGACUUCGACCCGGACGUGUUCCCGGCGGACUGCAUGCAGUACUCGGACAGCAUUCCGCCCGCGUCGCUGGAGGGGCUGGAGCCGGGCGUCAUGGUGGAGGUGAUGGUGGGCGAGGUGUACUCGCCGUCGCACUUCUGGCUGCUGCGGCUGGGCGACGACUACCACAUCGCCAUGGAGGAGCUCAUGGACGAGAUGACCGAGUACUACUCGGCGGGCGAGGGCCGCGACCGCGUGCUGGCCGUGGGCGCCGUGCGCGAGGGCCACUACUGCAGCAGCCUGUACGACCGCGACUGGCACCGCUCCAUCGUCGUGAAGGUGGUGGACAGCGACACCGUGAAGGUGCGCCACGUGGACUACGGCACCGUGGAGGCGGCGGCGGCGAGCGCGCUCAAGCCGCUGCCGCGGCGCUGGGCGCGGCUGCCGGCGCAGGCGAUGCGCGCGCGCCUGGCCGGCGUGCGGCCCGCCGCCAAGGGCCGCCGCUGGCCGCACGCCGCCUGCGUGCACUUCCUGCGCCUGGUGCAGGACCGGCCGCUCGUGGCCGACGUCGUCGCCGUGGACCACGAGGAGCGCGUCCUGGAGGUGUGCCUGGUGGACACGUCGACGGAGCGCGACGUGCGCCUGGACCGGGAGCUGGUCCGCGCCGGCCACGCCGACUCGCGGCCCGACAGCGCGCUGGCGGCGUCCGAGAGUUACCUGUACCCGCGGUUCGACGCGCUGGAGAACGGCGCCACGCCCAACUUCGCCGACAUCCACGCCUACCUGCGCGACGGCAUCGAGCUCGACUUCGUCGAGGACUUUCGCCGCCACGUGCCCUGCCGCCUAUCGCCCCUGGCGCCCCCCGCGCCCCCCGCCGCUCCCCCGCCGAGCGCGUUGGCGGCGGCGACGUCGCCCUCCGCGUCGCUCGUGAAGCUGAUAAAUCGCGUGCCCCUCCUCCCGCUGCACUCGUCGCCCUCGCCUCCGCCUUCGCCGGCGCCGCCCUCGGAGGAGGCCGAGUCCGAAGUCGCUUCCCCCGAGCGCGGGACCGCCCCGCCCCGUUCGCCUCGGGCCGCGAUCUUGCCCGCGGAAACCCUCCCGGCGCCCGUCAAGCCGCACCCCUUCCCGUUGGCGCCGCCGGUCGCGAGAAGGAUGCUGCCCGUUUCCCCGCAGCCGGCUCUGGUGCGAGCGAUACCGUUGUACAACGUGUUUCCCCCGCCGCAGCUGUUCCACCCCGUGGCGCCGUUCGCGCCCGUGCCGCACGUGUUCGCGUCGCCGUUGCCCCCGCUGCAGUUCCCGUUCCCGCCCCGCGCCUGUCCGUCGCCCCCGCCGCCGUACAGCGGGGCGCCGGCGCCGCGGCCGCCCGAGCCGCGCCGCUUCCCCGCGGCCAGCGGCGCGGUCGUGCUGUCGGCGUCCGAGUGCGAGAUAUACUCCCUGCUGAACCGCGUGGACCGCAACGCCGCGCACUGGUACAUGGCGGACACCAUAAGCCGGCGGCGGUUCGACGCGCCCGCGCGGGUGUCCACGCUGAACCCCGACGCGGCCGAGUUCCGCUCGGCCAGCGUCACUACGCAGACGGAGCCGCGGCCGCCGCCCGGCUUCGAGCUGCCCUGAUCUCCGGGCCUUCCGAGCGGCCGACCAACGUUCUUGUGCAAAACUCGCCUCGACUAGUACGAGUAAAGCGCCCGGCGCCCGUUUUGCACUUCCCGUGCCAUUCAUAAGUAACAAUCUAUUUUUAUACUUAACGUAGGAUUAAGGAUGGAGGCUAGUGCGUUCCUCGUUAAUUAAGCAUACUUUUGACGUUGACUUGUCCGGUGGCUCUAGUGCUUAUAGUAUGACGUGUCCUCUACUUCGUAGUGACUAUUUCGCGGUACCGUGUUAACUUGGAAUCUCUCUGUACCUGUUGAUUAUUAAAAAACUUUGAUUUCGAUCCGCGCAGGCCGCGCCCGAUUUUCGGCCGAUGAUCGUGCUCGCAUGACGAAACGCGCGCCGUCCGUGGAUACAAACUUUUUGUUGUUCGAUAUUGUAGCUACGAUCACCGGCUAACAUCGAGACCGUACAACGGACUUCGUGUAUUUUUGUGUUUUGGCUUGUUCACGAAUACAAGCUAGGCGUGUACGCUUGUAAUUAUAUGUACGUUCUUGUACUUUUGUAGACUGUUUAUUGUUUUUCAAUUAGUUUGUAAUGCUGAACGGGGUGAUUCGAAUUGAGUGGCUCGAACUGGCUAUGCGAUUCGUGACAAGAAGUCCCUUCUGGCUGUCUGUAAGUUUUCUGUUUCUUAUGCCGAGGAAUUUUUGUCUAAACGAAACAUGCCACUGCGCGCGCGGCCGCUCAAUUUAGAUCGACAUUUAAUUAAUUAGAGACUUUCUAAAAAUUAUAUACUUUCUUACUGUACCUGUGUGAUUCAG